UGGCAGAGGUGAAGCGGGUGAACAAUAAGACUUGGGCCAGGAGCAAGUCUGGGCCAGCCAGCGGCGGGACGAGUUUGUUGUGGCGCCGCGACGCAGCGAGCAGGCCAGUGUGCUUCCUGCUAGGCUUCCCCUGCUAAUCUUGCGCGUCAUUGGGAUUCAUAAUGAACAAGAUCAAGACUGUGGCUGAAGUAGUGCAGCAGGACAGUGCCAGACCUAAGGAGAGUGCUAAAAGAAAAAGAGGUGCCUCAGAAGAAAUCAUGAAUGGAACAUCAGAUGAAACAGCAACCAAACAAGAAGAUAGCACUGUGUCAGCUGGCACAGUGAAAAGGGAACGGAAGAGUACCGAGGAGAAGACCAGCAAUGGUACACAGAAAGGUGUGGAACAGAAAGACAGCAAAGAUGAUGCUGUAAUUGGGGAUAAAGAUUCCACUGAAAAUACAGAAAAUAAAGAUGUGGAAUCCAACAAAAAUACUGAUGUAAGUGAGAGUAAAGAUUCCACUGAAAAUACAGGAAAUAAAGAUGUAGGAUCCAACAAAAAUACUGAUAUAAGUGAGGGUAAAGAUUCCAGUGAAAAUACAGAAAAUAAAGAUGUUGAAUCAGGGACAGAAAAGAUAGAUGAAGUAGAUGAAAGCAGUGCUGAGAGAAAAGAUGACAAGACUGAUGACUGCACUCAGGAAACAAAGGGUGAAGAUAAAAGCGGUGAUAUCAGUGACAGCCAAAUUAAAGAAAAAGAUAAACAAGUAAAAACAGAAGAAUCCACAGAGAAUAAGGAAAGUGACAGCCAAAUUAAAGAAAAAGAUAAACAAGUAAAAACAGAAGAAUCCACAGAGAAUAAGGAAAGUGAUAAAGGUGAAAAGACAGCCUCAGAAAAAGGAAAUACUGACGCUUCAGACAAUGUUGAAAAUGAAACUGCUGCAAGUGGGGAAAAUGUUGAGAAUGUGAAGAUCAAAGAGGAGACAGCUGAAGUGAAAGAUGUCAGUAAAGAGACAAAGACACCCAUCAUAGCAGCUAGAAGAAGAGUUGCAGCAAAGAAGAAAGACUCCCCCUUAGUUGGUAAAGGUUCUCGAAGAAAACCUGCCAAAGUGAUGAGUGAAGCUGGGGACGUGCCAGUGCCUGAGGGAUGGUCCAGGGUGGUGGUUCAGCGGACCAGUGGAGCCUCUGCUGGGAAGUAUGAUGUUUAUUAUUUCAGUCCUCUCGGGAAGAAAUUGCGGUCAAGAAAUGAAGUAAGUAAACACUGUGAAGAAAACCAGCUUCAUGUGGAGAUGGACAUGAUAGCGUUUACUCACAAGGCUUCAGGAAUUCCAAGACAAAGGGUGAGAUCUGCUUCAGUUAAGACCCCUAAGGGUGCUGCUGCCAAGACCUCAAAGACCCCGAAGACCCCUAAGACGCCCAAAUCUCCCAAGGCUGAGCCAAACAGAAAGAGGAAGUUAGCAGACAAAAGUGAGGGUAAGGGUAAAAGGAGAGCGGAUCAAGUUGGACUUAAGACUGGAGGUCGGACUUCUAAGCACAACUCCAGAAUUGCAGAUCCAGUUUUAAAUUCACCUGUAGAUGAGAAGGAUAAAAGUAGUCACUUUACUGCCUCAGCUGACAAAAAUUCAGCACCUCUCUCCAAGCGAGCUAGAAGAGAUGACCGCAAGAGUGAAUACUUCAAAACAAAGGGAGACAAAUUGAGUCGAGUAAGACUAAAGUCUGGAACGCGCUGGACCCCGCCUCGCUCCCCUUUCAACCUCUUCCAGGAGUCCCUCUAUCACGAUCCAUGGAAGCUCUUAGUGGGUACUAUAUUCCUCAACAGAACUACUGGAGAAGAAGCACUUGGAAAAAGCAUCCUUUGGAAGUUUCUGGAUAAGUGGCCUACUCCAGAAGAAACCAUCAAGGCUUCCUGGGAAGAGUUAGCUGCUGUCAUACAGCCUCUUGGACUUCAUGAGAAAAGAGCAAAGAUGAUCAUUAGAUUUUCAGAGGAAUACAUAACAAAGGAUUGGGUUUAUCCCAAAGAACUUCACGGCAUAGGAAAAUAUGGGAACGACUCCUACAGAAUCUUUUGUGUUAAUGAGUGGCGCAAGAUCCGGCCGUCUGACCACAUGCUAAAUUUUUACAUUGACUGGCUUUGGGACAAUCACCGAUAUUUGGGACUUGAGUAGUGUUUUACUCUUCUCAAAAUUUGUCCCUACUUGAACAAAGUGUGAAUUCCCAGUAGUAUGUACAAAAAUAAUAGACUGAGGUGUUUGGGAUGUCAUGUUAGACAAGGCAUCUCUCUCAUUUCAGAUAAAUAAUUUUACUGACAGUUAGAUAGCUAUAUUUUUUGUUUAAUGCUGAGUCAGGAUGUACUAGAAAAUUAUUAUAUACAGAUGGUAUGGCAGUGGCAGUUCACUGAACUUUCAGUAAAAUGGAAAAGGGAAAUAAGUUCAAGGUUAUACAGACUUAAGUUGUUAAUAAAUAGGUGAAAUUCAACUGAAUUGUUGGGGGAAGAUUUUAGGGAACAAUACUGCACUCAUUCAUUGUUACAAAUUUUUGAAAAAAUAUGAAAGAGGCUUUAAUCUAAAAAUGGUUUUAUCAGUUUUUGGAUAGGUUUAGGAGAAAACAUUAGUGUAAUUUACUUUCAUAUGUACCAGCUACUUACUGUUUUUAUUUUCUUAAGUUAUCUCACCUAUCAUCCUUACUUCAUCAAUAUAACCAUAAGUAGCUUCAUCAGUAUUUUCUCAUGGAAGGCUCAAAUUAUUUACCAGCUAAAGAAUAAUACCAAAUUUAUUAACAAUUAGAAUUAUGAACUCAUUUGGAAUUAGUACUUUGUAAUAAUAUUUAACACUCAUUCAGGCAGACAAUCUUAUGUCAGCAGAAUGUAUGUGGUUAAACCACUCAUGGCAUUAUUUUCUUAGGGAAAAAUGAUACCAGUAGUAGUAUAUGUUAGAACUUUCAAAUCUGAUUUUAGACAAAUUACUCUUAAAAGGUAUGCCCUCCAAUUGUCAAAGAAUUGUUAUGCUUGACAUGCUACAACCACAACAAUUAUGAAUUUUUAAUCUAUAAAGGCUGGACAGUAAAGUUUCAUCAAAUUCUUA